ACCCACACACGGACCCCCAGCUCACUCAUUCAUUCACCUGGCCCACAGCUCUGGCCUCAGAACUCUGCCACAGCCAUGACUCAGUCGCUGCCUCUGAACCUCCUUGUCUUGGUGCUGGCCUUCUGCAUCCCCCAGACCCAAGGCAAUGAUGGAGGAGCACAGGACUGUUGCCUCAGGUACAGCCUCAGGAAGAUUCCUGCCCACGUUGUCCGCAGCUACCGGAAGCAGGAGCCAAGCUUGGGCUGCCCCAUCUCGGCAAUCCUGUUCUCACCUCGGAAGCGCUCUCUACCAGAGCUCUGUGCCGACCCUAAGAUGGACUGGGUGCAGCAGCUGAUGCAGCGCCUGGACAAGACGCCAGCCCAGCGGAAACAACCCCGGGGCUGUAAGGACAAGGCUGGGUCCAAGCCCGGCAAGAAAGGGAAAGUCUCCAAAGGCUGUAAGAGGUGA